UUUGAGACCCUUUUGUAGUAUGUCAUACAAGAAAUGCAGUUGCACAGUCAUGCAUAUAAAGAGAGCAAUGCUUCCUGAAAUGCUGUUGGUUUGGAUCCUCACCACCAGUUCCUGUUUUAGGGCCAGACUACUGCUGCUCACACUCUGUCAGCUCUAUACUACAGUGGAGGUUGAGUUUCUGCCCCCUCGAAUUCCUACUGAGAUGGAGAAAAAGUGUCCUAUCAAGUUUGCUCAGUCAGUGAGAGCUGUGAUGGCUGAGUCUCUGGGCCUGCCGGUCACAGACCACACCUACGAAGAUUGUCGUCUGAUGAUUGCAGCUGGAGAACUGACCCUGCCUAUGGAGGCAGGUCUUGUGGAGUUUACCAAGAUUAGCAGGAAAUUGGAAUUAAAAUGGGACAAUGUAAAGAAGGAAUUGGAGAGUUUUGCCAACAUAGCCUGUUCUUGCAAAGGCGGCAGGAUCACAAUUGAGGAGUUUGCUGGCUUUCUCAAACUGCCUGUCAGCCCAGCUCUACAGGAGCUCUUCGCUCUGUUUGACAGGAAUGGCGAUGGCACCAUUGAUUUCAGAGAGUAUGUCAUUGGUGUCACAGUUUUGUGCCGCCCAGCUAAUAAUGAGGAAGUCAUUCAGACUGUUUUUAAGCUGUUUGACAUUGAUGAGGACAACUGUAUCACACAAGAGGAGUUUAGUGGUUUGCUGCGUUCUGCUCUUGGGGUGUGUGAUCUUGACGUCCACAGCCUUUUCAGAGAAAUUGAUGCAGAUGGAUCAGGACACAUAACUUAUGAUGAGUUUUGUUCCUUCGCUCUCACCCACCCGGAGUAUGCCAAGCUCUUCACCACCUACAUUGAGCUACAGCGUUACCAGGGUCUCCAGGGGGAGGAACUAGAUUUUGAUGCCAGUUUGUCUCAGUGCUGUACUGCCUCUCAUAAUAACCACCAAGAGGACAGUACCUCUGAUAAGAAAGAUGACUGACAGCAUGCAGCCAUAAGGUUCAUAUUCUGCCACGUCAUUUGAACACCUGCCUUAAGCUUGGGUGGAGGGAUUUUGUACACAUGCGUAUGCCCUAUCAGCAGUUUUCUGUUUACACCACCAAGUAUUUCAUAAACUAUUCAGUGGUUUAUUUAAAGGGUUUCAGAUCAAUGUUAAUGCUUACAGGCAUGCUAAAACAUUUUGGUAACACUUUAGAACAGGGACCAUUUCUCACUAUUAACU